UCGAACUUUGACAAGGAGUCUUGGGACUGGGAAGAAGGACACACUCACACGUCUUUGGAGCACAUGUGCGAGGACUGAAAAUGCCCACAAACUUCACAGUGGUGCCGGUGGAGGAUAGCACAGACCCACAUCAAGACAGUGAAGACAGAGCUGUGAGAGAAGGGGACGAGAGAGAGCUAGGUAUAUAUUUGUCAGGAGAUGAAUCUCCAACAGUGGACAGUCCAUUCAUCACAACGUCAGACUAUGAUACCAGGCAUUAUUAUGAUGGAAAGAAUAUGGCACUCUUUGAGGAAGAGAUGGACAGCAAUCCUAUGGUGGCAUCUUUUCUCAGCAAACUGGCAAACUACACCAACCUGACCCAGGGUGUCAUCGAGCAUGAGGAGGCUGAAAAUGAGGAUGGAGUGAAGAGGGUUGCCAUUCAGGUUCCUCAAAUGGGCACCUUCAUCGGCGUCUACCUGCCAUGCAUGCAGAACAUCUUGGGUGUCAUUCUUUUCCUGCGACUACCCUGGAUAGUGGGGACAGCUGGCAUCUUGGAGUCCUUUGCCAUGGUCUUCAUGUGUUGUGCUUGUACUAUGCUUACUGCUAUUUCGAUGAGUGCCAUAGCGACAAAUGGAGUAGUGCCAGCUGGUGGCUCCUAUUACAUGAUAUCCAGGUCCUUGGGUCCAGAAUUUGGAGGGGCUGUUGGUUUGUGUUUCUACCUGGGAACCACUUUUGCUGGCUCAAUGUACAUACUGGGCACCAUUGAGAUCUUUCUGAUAUACAUAGUGCCGAAUGCAGUUUUGUUUGAGGAUAAUAUGCCCAAUAACAUGCGUGUCUAUGGGACCUGCUGCCUGGUUCUCAUGGCCCUGGUAGUGUUUGUUGGGGUUAAAUAUGUCAACAAACUAGCGCUGGUCUUCCUGGCUUGCGUGGUGCUGUCCAUCAUGGCCAUUUACGCUGGUGUCAUCAAGACAGUCAUCGAACCACCUGAUUUCCCAAUCUGUCUACUAGGAAACCGAACCUUAAAAAAUAAAGACAUUGACAAAUGUAUGAAAACGGAGGAUAUCGACAACGUGACUUACACCACCAAUCUGUGGAGGCUGUUCUGUGAUGGUCCGUGGCUUAACGCCACAUGUGAUGAUUACUUUACUCUCAACAAUGUGACUGAGAUUCUGGGCGUCCCAGGACUGCUAAGUGGAGUCAUUUCAGAUAAUUUGUGGGGAGAAUAUGGACCUAGUGGGAUGCUGAUAGAGAAGAAGAAUCUUACAUCAGUCCCUGCACCAGAUCUCUCUGAAAAUUUCAACACAUUUUAUGUGUCCAGUGACAUGGCCACCUUUUUCACACUGCUGGUGGGCAUAUACUUCCCUUCAGUCACAGGAAUAAUGGCAGGAUCCAACCGGUCAGGAGAUCUCAGGGAUGCUCAGAAGUCGAUCCCCACUGGCACCAUUCUGGCCAUAGCAACCACAUCCUUUCUCUACAUGACCUGUGUGGUGCUUUUUGGUGCCUGUUUUGAAGGUGUGGUAUUGAGAGACAAGUGUGGAGAUUCAGUGAAAAACAACUUGGUUAUUGGCACACUGGCUUGGCCAUCACCCUCGGUAAUUGUGAUUGGUUCCUUCUUUUCUUGCUGUGGGGCGGGGCUGCAGAGCCUCACUGCCGCUCCUCGGAUUCUUCAGGCCAUAGCACGUGAUCGUAUCGCCCCCUUCCUGCGGGUUUUUGGUCAUGGGAAAUCUAAUGGAGAGCCAACAUGGGGCUUGCUACUGACUGUAGGAAUCUGUGAGAUUGGGAUUCUUAUUGCCUCUUUGGAUGAUGUUGCUCCGAUUUUGUCAAUGUUUUUCUUGAUGAGCUACCUGUUUGUCAAUCUGGCAUGUGCAAUCCAAACACUGUUACACACUCCCAACUGGAGGCCAAGGUUUAAAUUUUAUCAUUGGACCCUGUCUUUUCUUGGGAUGAGUCUUUGCCUCUCCCUUAUGUUCGUCUCAUCAUGGUACUAUGCUCUGGUUGUCAUGGUGAUUGCUGGAUGCCUGUACAAGUACAUUGAGUACAGAGGGGCAGAGAAGGAGUGGGGUGAUGGAAUCCGUGGUCUGUCCCUUAAUGCUGCCCGCUAUGCCCUUAUUAAACUAGAGGAGGCUCCACUACAUACCAAAAAUUGGAGGCCCCAGCUGUUGGUGUUUCUGAAUCUGGACUCAGACCUGGAGGUGAAGCACCCAAGGCUUCUUACCUUCACCUCACAGCUUAAGGCAGGGAACGGCCUGACCAUCAUCAGCUCUGUGCUGGAAGGGACCUACAUGACCCGUGAUGCCGAUGCCAAACGCUCUGAAGAGAACAUAAAAGCCUGCAUGUCAGCAGAGAAAACCAAAGGAUUCUGUCAUGUGGUGGUGUCCUCUAACCUGCGGGAUGGUUUCUCUCACCUCAUUCAGUCAGCUGGGUUGGGGGGUAUGAAACACAAUGCAGUGCUUAUGGCCUGGCCCAGCAACUGGAGACAGACUGAGGACUCCCUCUCCUGGAAGAAUUUCAUCGAGACAGUAAGGGAGACCACUGCAGUGCACCAGGCCCUGCUGGUUGCCAAGAACAUUGACCAUUUUCCACAAAACCAAGAGCGACUGAGUGAAGGCACCAUUGAUGUGUGGUGGGUGGUCCAUGAUGGAGGCUUACUUAUGCUGCUACCCUUCCUGCUCCGCCAACACAAGGUCUGGAGGAAGUGUAAGAUGCGUAUCUUCACUGUGGCUCAUUUGGAUGAUAACAGUAUCCAGAUGAAGAAAGAUCUGCAGAUGUUCUUGUACCACCUCCGUCUGGAUGCUGAAGUAGAGGUGGUGGAGAUGCAUGAGAGUGACAUUUCAGCCUUCACCUAUGAGAAGACGCUAGUGAUGGAACAGCGCUCUCAGAUGCUGAAGCAGAUGCAGCUAUCUAAGACAGAGAGGGAGAGAGAGAUUCAGAGCAUCACUGAUGAAUCCCGCAGCUCUAUCAAAAGAAAGAAGCCAGCUGGGGGAAGAACCUCCCCCAGCAUUCUUCAGGUUCCAGGCAUUCUCACUCUGGAGGAAGAGGCCCAACUCAUCCAUGACAGGAAUACAAAAUCCCAUGCCUCUAUUAAAGAAAAAUCCACAUCCAACUCUGACCGUGUCCACAUGACCUGGACCAAAGAGAAACUGGUUGCUGAGAGGAACCGAAAUCGUGAAGGCAACAUGGCAGUACGGGACAUGUUCAAUAUGAAACCAGAAUGGGAGAACCUGAACCAGACAAAUGUGAGAAGAAUGCACACUGCUGUCAAACUUAAUGAAGCUGUAGUCAGUAAAUCUCAAGGGGCACAACUGGUGCUGCUGAACAUGCCUGGACCACCCAAAAACAAGGGUGGUGAUGAGAACUACAUGGAGUUUCUGGAGGUUCUGUUGGAGGGUUUGGACCGUGUGCUGCUGGUGCGUGGUAGUGGCAGGGAGGUCGUCACUAUUUACUCUUAACCACAGUGUGUGGUCUGGAGAAGCAUGCCAAGAGGCUGGACUGGGCAUCCACACAGUAGGCACAGUGCCAGCAAAGAAGAGGAUCAUCCCUCACUGUCUUAGAGAAAUGAGAGCAGGCACUUUUAUGAAAGUGUGAGACUAGAAUGGAAUGCCAAACAGAAUUUUGUCCUGCACUUUAUGCAUUAUGAACUGUGCAUUAUGAGUUGUCACUCCUGAGAGAAUAGAAGCAAUA